AUGGAGGUCGCCGUUGGGCAGGUGAUCCUGCUUGGCGAUGGCCGGCGAGGCACGAUCCGGUUUGUCGGGCAGACGCUCUUUGCGCCGGGCGACUGGGUGGGCGUGGAGCUGGAGACGACGACGGGCAAGAACAAUGGCAGCGUGCAGGGCGAGCGAUAUUUCGACUGUGCAAUGGGCCGGGGCAUGUUUCUGCGUCCGAGUGCGGUAACGAUUGUGGCGGUAGCGUCUGAUGCGGAUGACGACGACGAAGGGACAGACGACGCCCACGAGGGCGAAGAGACACAGACAGCCGUGCAAGUACCCAAAUCGGUAUCGGCAGCACGGCACUCGUCGGCGGAUGAGCAUGAACGCGCCCAGUCCCAGCCCGCGGCCACGAUCUCGGCCGACGAGCAUUACGAGGCACAUCCCAGGAUGCGAAGCUCGAGCCGAGCAGCAUCGGGCGAAUUCGGUGGCGAGAGCAGCGGCGGCGGGGUGGUGGCUCGUGCGGCUCAGGUACGCAGAGCACGGACGAGUAUGGACGGGCGGAUCACGUCUCCGCCGAAGAGCAGCGACGAAGAGGUGCUGUCCCCGCAGCCUCGGAGCCCGGUGCGGACGCGGGCAGCGGCGCUGGAGAAGCUCACAGGGUCUGGGGCGGGAGCAACGCCACGGCACCGAGCGGCGGCACCGGUCGGAGGAUCGACGGCGGGAGCGACAGGGUCACCGGCAUCAGCAUCAGCAUCAGCAGCAGCAGCAGUAGCAGCAGCAGGGACGGGACGGCCUACGACGACAAACGCGGCAGCCCACCGGGAGGUGGAGGACCUGAAGGCGAAGCUGCGGGUGCUGGAGCGGAAGCGACUGGAAGACCGGGAUAAGCUUAAGCAGCUGGACAAGCUGCAGGCGGACUGCGACAAGUACCAGGGAAUCAUCCAGAAGAUCCAGGCCAAGUACCAGCCGCAGCAGCAGGAGAACGCGGAGCUGCGGCGGCAGCUGAAGGAGGCGGAGACGCGGAUGGAAUCGAUCGAGACGCUGCAGGCGGACCACGACACGGCGAUGGAGCUGUCGACGCUGGACCGGGAGAUGGCAGAGGAGACGGCAGAAGUAUACAAGGCGGAGCUGGACGCGGUGAAGCUGAAGAACGAAGAGCUGGAGGUGGAGAUGGAGGAGCUGCGGCUGGAGAACGCGGAGAUGUCGGAGGGGAUGACGGCGGAGGAGAAGGCGAGUGCGGGAUGGCUGCAGAUGGAACGCAACAACGAGCGGCUGCGGUCGGCGCUGCUGCGACUACGAGAUAUGACACAACAGCAGGAGUCGGAGCUGCAGGACCAGAUCAAAGGACUGGAGGAGGAGGUGACGGAGCUUUCGGGGAUCAAGGCGCGACAGGCAGCGACGGCGGCACGACUGGAACAGAGCGAGGCGGCGGUGGAGGACCUGCGACAGCAGCUGGACGCGGCACAGGCGGCGGACGACAUGAUGAUGGAACUAACGGAGCGCAACAUGAGCCAAGCGGAACAGAUGGAGGAGCUGAAGGCAGUAAUCUCGGAUCUGGAGAGCCUGAAGGAGAUCAACGACGAGCUGGAGAUCAAUCACGUACAGAACGAGCGGGAGCUGCAGGAGGAGAUCGACUUCAAGGCAGCAGUGAUACAGGAGCAGGCACGACGGGCGGCACAACAGGAGGAGGCACUGGAGGACAUGGAGUACGCGCUCUCACGCUUCCGGCAGAUGGUGACGGGGCUGCAGAGCGACCUAGAGGACAUGCGGGCGUCUCACGCGGUGACGGAAAACGAGUCAGAGCAGCUGAGCAGCAAGUCGCGGGCGAUGAUGGACCUGAACCUGAAGCUGCAGCUGUCGGCGGCGAAGGCGCAGGUGAAGACGAUCGACCUAGAGCUGCGGCGGAUGGAGGCGCAGGAGGCAGAGCAGCACCUGGCGAUUGUGCGGCUGUUCUUGCCGGAGACGUAUGUGGAGACAGACGGCAAGGCCGUGCUGGCACUGCUGCGAUUCCGGCGGCUGGCCUUCAAGGCGGAGCUGGUCGGAGGAUUUGUGCGAGAGCGGAUCGGCCAACAAGGAGGAGGAGGGGAAGCAGCAGGCCGAGAAGACGACGUGUUGGCGGGCUGCGAAGUGGUGGACAAGCUGACGUGGGUGGCGGCCAUGUGCACGCGAUUUGCGGGAGCGAUGGGACGGUGCUCGACAGAGCGAUUCGGCCGGUUUGAAGGGGCUCUGUUUGAGCUGGAGCCGGUGGAGCGAGCGCUGAACGGAUGGAUCGACGGGCUGCGACGAGACGAGCUGAAGGAGCAGACGUGCGCGGCGGAGCUGCAGCGAACAAUGGCGUUGCUGUCACACCUGGCGUCGGUGCACAUGGAAGAGGGCCAAGGACAGCAGCAGGAAGACGUGGCGGAAGGGAUGCACAUGCGAGCAGUUCUGGUGCAGAGCCAUCUGGAGACAGCAGCAGCGACGUUGCACGUGACCAGGGGAAUGGUGCAGCGAGCAGUGCCUCCACGGGGAAGCGAAGACGAGGCGGCGCAGGAAUUUGCGCAGCGGGCGGAGGCAGCGAUUGCACAGACACGCAGUGCCAAGGUGGUAGCAGGCAAGAUGGUACGGGCGUUGGAAGAGCUGCAGACGCGAUCGCUGGCGCUGGAGCCGGAGAUGGCAGAGGCGUUUGCGCAGUGCGAAGCAGCAGCAGGCGAGUUGGCGACUCUGGCCCGAAAGACAGGCGAGGCCGUGAUGGAGGUGGUGACGAGGGAAGGGGGACAUCGACGAGACGAGACAGGCGAACAGCAACACGACGACGAGGAGCAACACGACAGCAGCGGGCCAACAUACGGAGACAUGCAGAAGGUAGUGGCAGCAGCCGAAGGCGAGACAGCAUCGGAUUCGGGCGAGCUGUUUGGCGGCUACAUCGGGCGGCUGCGGGCAGUGGCGACACAGGUGGCCGAGCUGGCCGGACUGUCAAGCGACCUGUCACAGACGGUGGAGUUUGAGCGAGCAGCAGCGCCAUGGGUAGUGCGCAGUCAGGAGAUGAGGGCGCCGAAGACGGUGGCAGUGGAUGCAGAGGAAGAGCUGCGGCGGCUGCGCGAGGAGCACGCAGAGGCACGACGGAUGAUUGCACGACGCGACAACGACCUGGGGACGGCGCAGCUGAAGAUCGAGACGCUGGAGAGCAAGAUGCGCGAUGCGCAGCACAAGGCAGCCGUGAUGGCCGAGCUGGAGCGCACGGUAGCGGCCGAACAGGCAUUUGGGCGCCAGCUCAAGGAGGAUGUGCAGAAGCAGGACCGCGAGCUGAAGGCGCUGGAGGCGGAGCGAGACCGGUGGCGAAAGAUGGCGAGCGAGGUCCGGCUGCUGGGAGGAGGAGAAGGAGAGGAGGAGGAGGAAGGAAUGGAAGGAAUGGAGGGACUCGAAGGAGGCGAAGGACUCGAGCGAGACAUUGGUCACGGCCACCGCGCCAACACGCGGCUCACGCAGCGCAACAAGGAGCGUGCAGCGGCGACGGCGCGCGAGAUGGACGGUCUACGCCACGAGAUCGCCGGGCUGCAGGCGGCCGUCCGGUUUCUGCGUGAGGAUAGCCGGCGUGCCCGCAUGGCCGAACAGCCGGUAUAUGGCUGGCUGGCCGAGCCACUUUCAUCACGUGGUGGCGCCACAAGCACAGCCACACGCACAGCCACAAAGGCGGCUCGUCGUGCGCGCGUCGCUGCCGAGGCCCGCGACGUUCUCGGCGAGCUCGUCCGCAUGGCUGCCGAUGCGCGGGUCUACGAUCUCGAGGCUGAGCUGCCCGAAGACCGGCUCGCGUGGCGGCCUGCCCACACGUCGCCCGGCUACCAGGCCGCCCGCAUGGCCGAGGACUACGCGGCGUGGCGCGCCUGGGAGGCGGCUGUCGUGCGCAAGGCGCAGGACGUGCUUCUGGAAGGAGGCGGCAGUCGUCAUAAUGCACAGGCACAGACGCCGGACGAGAGGACGGCGCGGCGGCUGGCCCACAGAGCAGCCACGGUGCGGCUGCAGCAAACACGGCUGCCGGCGGGCGAGGUCGACAAGACCGACGCAGACGGUCAAGUCCGGAUUGCCAGCUGCUAA